AUGGGUGAGUACCGGGCUGGGAAGUGGGAGCUCCUUGCAAGUGAUGGGACGCGCACAGCAGCCCAGUGCCUUCUAGUCCUUGCUUGCCUGCUGGUCUUGGCUGCCCCAGGCCACUCCAUGCAUAUACAAACCCUAAACAUCUUCAAGAAAUCUCCCUCCAACAGUCCGGCGAGUGCUCUGAAGAAAACCAGUUGGCCCAAGGACUGCAGCGAGGUCUCCGCUGGAAGCCCCAGUGGCGUCUACAUCAUCCAGCCCACUGGACUGCACCCUGUCAUGGUGUACUGUGAAAUGAAUGUGACAGAUGGGGGCUGGACGGUCAUCCAGAGGAACCGGCAGGGCACGGAGAUCACCUGGGCCGAGUCCUGGAGCACCUACAAGUACGGCUUUGGGAACGUGCACACCGAGUACUGGCUGGGCAGUGAGUACAUCCACCAGAUCUCCAGGCAGAAGGUCUACCAGGUCAGGUUUGUCAUAUGGGAUGCUGCAAACAACAUGAAGUUUGCAGACUACAACCUCUUCAGUGUGGAAGAUGAGUCCCAGGGCUACCGGCUGAGGCUGGGAACAUACUCUGGGACAGCAGAGGAUGCCAUGGACUCAGACAAUCCCAGGAAUGUGCACAACAACAUGAAGUUCUCCACAAAAGAUCGGGAUCAGGACACUUACAGUGGGAACUGUGCCUCCAGAUAUAGGGGUGGGUGGUGGUACUCGGCGUGUUAUUCUGUACAGCUGAAUGUCAAGGGGGGCAUGACGUGGGGCAGCCUGUGCAACGGGAACUGCAAAGCUUCUGCCAUCCUCAUCAAACCAGCUCUAUACCAAUAGUACUCUUCCCUCCUCCUGGCUGCACUGGGCACAUGGCCAGACCAGUGCCCUGGCUGGGACCCAUUUUGCUGCCUGAGAGGCUGUGGGUGAAUAGGGUUGUUCCUGUAUACCAAGAGCUGUUUCUUCUCCUCUUGAAAAGUAGCAAAGCUUCCUGCUUUGUCUCUGGCCUUUCACUUAUGAUUGUUUUUUAGGGAUCAUUAUUAGAACAAGUCUUUCUAAAAAGCUUCUGUUUCCAAACAUGUUCCUUCUGGGGAGAAAAUUAUGCUCAGAAACCUAAAAACCUCCUGAUCCAG